GUCUAGCAGCGUGAUGAUGUCAAAUGCGUGCGACGGCUCCUCACGUUGAGGUUUUCAAUGAAUGUUGCCGCACAAUUGUUUUCACCAAAUAAUUGUAUGAGGAAUUAUUUCCCUGGAAAAUAUUAUUGACAUGAACAGCCGGCUGCAAGAAAUACGUGAAAGGCAGAAGCUCAGACGGCAGCUUCUUGCACAACAGCUCGGCGCAGAGAGUCCCGACAGCAUCGGUGCUGUUCUCAAUAGCAAAGAUGAACAAAAAGAGAUCGAAGAGACCAGAGAGACGUGCAGGGCUUCAUUUGACACGUCACUUCCUGUUGCUAAAAGAAAGUGUCUGAAUGAAAGUGAAGACCCAGAGGAGGAUGUGGAGGAGCAGAGGGAAGAUGUUGAGCUCCAGCAGCAGCAGGAGGAGAGCGGACAGUAUGAGGAGGUGUACAAAGACUCCAGCACUUUCCUGAAGGGCACUCAGAGUUUAAAUCCUCACAACGAUUACUGCCAACACUUUGUGGACACAGGUCAUAGACCUCAGAACUUUAUCCGAGAUGGAGGUUUGGCUGACAGAUUUGAGGAGUACCCAAAACAAAGAGAGCUCAUCCGACUCAAAGAUGAGCUCAUCGCUGCCACCAACACCCCACCCAUGUAUCUGCAGGCAGAUCCGGACACGUUUGAUCUGCGAGAUUUGAAGUGUAAAUUUGACGUGAUUCUGAUAGAGCCUCCGUUGGAGGAGUAUUACAGAGAGUCAGGCAUCAUAGCCAAUGAACGCUUUUGGACCUGGGAUGAUAUCAUGAAGCUGAACAUAGAGGAAAUCUCAUCUAUUCGCUCUUUUGUAUUCCUGUGGUGUGGUUCGGGGGAAGGCCUUGAUCUUGGCCGAAUGUGUCUGAGGAAAUGGGGCUUCAGGCGAUGUGAAGACAUUUGUUGGAUCAAGACCAACAAAAACAACCCUGGCAAGACCAAAACGCUGGACCCUAAGGCAGUCUUCCAGAGAACUAAGGAGCACUGUCUGAUGGGUAUCAAAGGCACAGUUAGACGCAGCACAGAUGGCGAUUUCAUUCAUGCUAAUGUGGAUAUAGACCUGAUCAUUACAGAAGAGCCAGAGAUGGGCAAUAUUGAGAAGCCAGUCGAGAUUUUCCACAUCAUUGAACAUUUCUGCUUGGCCCGUCGACGGCUGCACCUGUUUGGCAGAGACAGUACCAUCAGGCCAGGUUAG